CAAGUGCUCUUGCCACUGUCACUUGUAUUAAUUUCCACACACCUGGCCUGUUUGCAACAGGGCAAUGGCGCUAUCGCGUCCGUAUUACAUCACCGCAUUGCUCACUCUAUGCGCAUGCUCCAUGGCGGCGCCGGCCGUCCUUGCUGCCAACGUGCCGGUGACAACGUGUCGGUCCUUCUGCGGCAACAUCACGGUGGACUACCCAUUCGCGCUCCGCUCAGGGUGCGGCCACGCGGGGUUACGUGACCUGCUCUUCUGCAUCAACCGUGUGCUGAUGUUACACCUCCCUUCAGGCUCCUACCGCGUCCUCAACAUCGACUACGCUUAUCAGGGCCUCACUCUGCACGAUCCGGCCAUGUCCGACUGCCGCGCGCUCGACCGCUCCCGGAGCGGGCGCGGCAAUGGAUUCGUUCUUGAGCCAUGGCGAGCCACAUUUCUGGCUCCUGAUCCAGACAACGUGUUCCUCCUUCUGGGCUGCCGCGCCAACUCACCACUCUUCCAGGGCUUCCCUGACCGGCCGCACUUGACAUGCCGGAACAACGUGUCUGGUAUGGGGUGUGGGGAUUACUAUGGCUGCCCGGCUUGGGACGACUACGGUCAGAGGCCAUCUGGAUCAGCAUAUGGGUUGGCUGUGCCACCUGAAUGCUGUGCGAUGCCAUGGGAUGCCAUCCGGGCAGUGAACGUGAGCCGGCUCCAGUGUGAGGGGUACAGCAGCGCAUACAGCCUGGCACCUGUGCGGACGUCGGAGGGGGCCCGUGGAUGGACAUAUGGUAUCCGGGUGGCAUGGCAGCUGCCGGAGGCCAACCGGGGGUUCUGUGGUGCGUGCCUUGCCACGGGAGGGGUGUGUGGUCAUGACAGGGACAGUCACGCUGACCUGUGCCUAUGCGGGGACUGGAACUCAACCUCCAACUGUGACUCCUCCACAGACGCAGCAACGUCAAGCGCGGCGGCCAUUACAGGCGUGCUUUUCUCUGCCGUUCUUGCCUCAGGACUGUCAUCUCUCUGGUGGUGAACGAUGAAUCUGCGUCUGUGAUGGCUUCAUGUUAUCGAACAGCGAUGCCAUAGUUACUUCUGGCAAGUUUGUUAUACCUUAGGUUGGACAAAAAACAGUAUUAUAAAAUGUCAUCUGUUCAUUUCUUACAUCUAUAUAUACCGUUACAACUGUUUUGCUAUUUGUAAGGCCACUGAGAAUUUCUUAUAUAUCAGUCGAUGCCAAGAGCAGUCCGAUCAGCAAAGAAAUCCAUGCAAAUGGUUUGUUUUUGUAUUGUGUGAUAAGGUGCAUAGGCUUUUCCUU